GGCUGGGGAAUGAGCGUGUCCUAGUGCCUGAGAUGCUACUGCCGCUGCUCUUAGCCGUGCUGUGGGGUGGGUCAUGGGCUCACGAUCCAAGAUUCCAGCUGCAAGUGCAGGAGUUGGUGAGGGUGCAGGAAGGCCUGUGCGUGGUCGUGCCCUGCUCCAUCACCUACCCCGCCAUAGGUUGGACUCACUCCACCCCAGCUUACGGCUUCUGGUUCCAAGACCAGACCCGCACAGACAGUGGUCUGCCAGUGGCCACAAAUAAGCCAGAUCACGAUGUACAGCCACACACCCAGGGCCGGUUCCAGCUCCUUGGCAAUCCCAGUCAGAACUGCUCUUUGCUUAUCAGAGACGUACAGAUGGAGGACAGUGCGUUGUACUUCUUUCGGUUCGAGAGAGGUUAUUACAUUCGAUAUAAUUUCAUGGAAUACAAGUUCCGUCUGGAGGUGACAGCCCUGACUCAGAAGCCAGAGAUCUACAUUCCAGAGACCCUGCAGCCUGGGCACCAGGUGACACUCAUCUGUGUGUUUAACUGGACCUUUGAGGAAUGUCCAGCCCCUACUCUCUCCUGGAUGGGGGCCACCGCCUCCUCCCAUGAAGCCAGACCAAGAACUUCCUACUUCUCAGCCCUCACGUUCACUCCCAGACCCCAGGACCAUGACACUGAGCUCACCUGCCGAGCGGACUUCUCCAGAAAGGGUGUGAGCACAGAGAACACCGUCCAGCUUAGCGUGGCCUAUGCCCCCAAAGACCUGGUUAUCAGCACUUCCCAGAGCGAUGUAUCAGCCCUGGAGCCCCAGGGAAACAGGCCACAUCUGGAAGUCCAGAAAGGCCAGUUCCUGCGGCUGCUCUGUACCGCUGACGGCAUGCCGCUCGCCACACUGAGCUGGGCCCUGCAGGACCGAGUCCUCUCUUGGUCCCACCCCUCGGGCUCCAGAACCCUGGAGCUGGUGCUGCCCCGGGUGAAGGCUGAGGAUGCGGGUCGCUACACCUGCCGAGCUGAGAACAGGCUUGGCUCCCAGAGCCGCAGCCUGGACGUCUUCGUGCAGUAUGCCCCAGAGAACCUGAAAGUGAUGGUCUCCCAAGCAAACAGGACAGUCCUGGAAAACGCCGGGAACGGUGCAUCCCUUCCGGUCCUGGAGGGCCAAAGCCUACGUCUGCUCUGUGUUGCUCACAGCAACCCCCCAGCCCGGCUGAGCUGGGCCCGGAAGGGACAGACUCUGAGCCCCUCCCAGCCCUCAGAUCCUGGGGUCCUGGAGCUGCCUCAGAUACAAACAGAGCAUGAAGGAGAAUUCACCUGCCGAGCACAGAACCCUCUGGGCUCCCAAAAUUUCUCUCUGAGCCUCUCCGUGGCCUACCCCCCGCAGCUGCUGGGCCCCUCCUGCUCCAGGGUGGACGAGGGUCUGCUCUGCAACUGCUCCUCCCGAGCCCAGCCGACCCCUUCCCUGCGCUGGCGGCUGGGGGAGGGGCUGCUGGAGGGGCAGCUCAGCAACGCCUCCUUCAAGGUCACCUCCAGCUCGUCUGGGCCCUGGGCCAACAGCUGCCUGAGCCACAGUGAAGGACUGAGCUCUGGCCUCAGUCUCAGCUGCGAGGCCCAGAACGUCCACGGGGCCCAGAGAGCCACUGUCCUGCUGCGGCCAGAUGAGAAGGGGCUCGCCUCCAAAGCCUUCUCCAGCGGGAUAUUUCUAGGAAGUGGCCUCACGACUCUCCUUUUCCUCUGCCUCAUCCUGAUCAUCUUGAAGAUUCUGAGGAAGAAAUGGACCGCAGCGGAGGUUCCAGCCCCGGCCCCGGCCCCGGCCCUGGGAGAGUCUCCGCGGUCCAGGGUCUCACGGAGGAGCACGAUCUUGGAUUACAUCAACGUGGUCCCUAAAACUGGCCCUCUGGCUCCGAAACAGAAAGCCAAACCAAGCAGUCCUUCCAGGCCUCCUCCUCCAGACGCUUACCCCCCAGAAUCCAGAAAGAACCAGAAGGAGGUCCAUCUUGUUUCCCGCAAUCGUCCAGGACCCAAAUCAUCCACUCAAGCCCCAGAAUCAGAGAACAACCAGGAGGAGCUCCAUUACGCUGUCCUCGACUUCCCAGGCCUCAGACCAUGGGAGACCCAGAGGCCCAAGAAUACCCAGUAUGCUGAAAUCCAGUUCCACUGAGGGUCUACUGGGCUGGGGGACUGGGAUCCAGGCCAGGGAGAAAGGCAGAGCAGUUGGGAAGAGAACAGAGUGUAGUCUGUCUCCCUCUCUCUCUCUCUCCAUCCUCCCAGGAUGGGGCAUCCCAUCUCAAACCCUAGCAUUUUGGAACAGCUUGACAAACGCCUCCAGAGUGGCCUUCUCCAAAUACACUAUUCUAAGCAAGGAAAAGCUUUUCCUCUGACAAACCCAGGUACCACCCUGACUGAAUGUUCACAGUCUCAGUUUCUCAAUGGUGGGAGGGCCUUUAAAGAUGAUUAAGCGCUCAUCUUUGUGAGGUCAGUCCCCAAGGUAACCUCACAGGUCCAGUCUGGGCCACUGCCUAUUUUGCUGCCACCUGUGAGUCAAGAGUGUGUUUUACAUUUUAAAAGGUUAAGGAGGAAAAUCAAAAGAAGGAUGUUUUGUGAUGCACGGAAAUGACUUGAGAUUCAAAUUUCAGUGUCCAUAAAUAAAGCUUUAUUG